AUGAAUAGAAAGUUAAUAUCACAAUCAUCAUCAUGGAUGUCAACAAUGAUGUGUAAUCAUUGUAUUAAGAAUACAACAACUAUGAUGACUAUGUAUAAUGGUGGUGCUACUUCGAUGAAGAUGAUAGGCACUAGAUACAUGUCUAUCAUAUCUAAAAGAGGUGGUAAUACAGGAUCAAUGUCAAGUGGGAUGGAUGCAAGACCAUCAUCAAAGCUUAGAUACGAGAUUCAAGCCAAACAAAACAAGUUGGAUCAAGCUUCAAAAAUGUUGGAUUCACUUAGCAGACAACAACAAGAUAUGCUUCUCAAUACAAAGAGAUCUCCACUACGACUACAAGAAACAAUCGAUAGUUUGACAUCUACACAACCAGAUAAACAAUAUCAUCUUAGACAACAACAACAACAACAACAACUAUCCUCACCAUUAUCAUAUGUCAAUAAGAAUCUACCAACAAACAGAACAGUGACCGAUAUCCACCAAAGAGUACAACAACUUGAAAAACAACCAAAACCAACUAAAAUCAAAGAGGCAAAGGCCCUCACCAAAGAGAAUCAAGGAACCACUGAAGUCAAAUAUAGUGACAAUGAAGAAUUAAUCUUUAGAUUAAUGAUUAAUGAAAUGGAAGUAGAUAGACACUCGGAUGAAAAGGUUCAUGAACUGAUUGUACGUUUACCAGAAUACCAAGAUUAUAAUAAUGAAGUAUUAAGAUGUUUAAAUCAAAUUGAUAUGGAUUAUAUGUCAUUAGGAGAUAAAGAAGAUUCAUGGGUAGAUAAUGAAUAUUUUGAAAAAAGAAGAAAUACAGAAGUAGAAGAGAUUAGAAGAAAACAUUAUAGAAGAGUAUCGGAUGCUGUUGACAAGAGAUUAUCAGAUUUUAAUAUGGAGCUACAAGGUCAUUUGGAUGGAAUCAUUGAUAUGAUUAAAAAGUAUGAAGGUUUGACAGACGAAGAAAUUAAAAAUCAUCCAGUACAUGGAUACCUCUACGAAGAGGAUGAAGACCUACUACAACAAACCUACAAUUCCAAGGAUUCAGUAUUGGGUAAUCUAGAACAAGACACAACAUCGGAUGAAUUCCAAAUGGCACUUGAACAAACACUUGGUCUUGCACCAGGUGAAAAGGCCGAUAUAUCCGAUGUUCCAGAGGAAACUCAAAUACUGUUCCAUAAAGUAAUGGGUACUUCAUACAAAAGAAAAGAAGAAAAUAUUCAACAUGAAUUUUCAAUGGAACCAUUAAACUUUAAUAAACCAAAAAAUAACACAAAACAACAAUAUCAACAUUUACAACAAAAGGAUCAAUCACAACCAUCUCAGCAAUCUCAACAAUCUCAACAACCAUCAACAUUAUUUAAUGAAGAUGAAGAUUUUAAUUUAAAGGAUAUUCUUAAAGGUAUGAAAGGUGCAAAUAAGUAA